AUGGCUCUGAUUUGCGUCAGAGAGGUGGACCGAGUUGCCAUCCGCUGUCAUGAAGAAUACGAGCAGUUGCUGCAGGCCUUCUUUGAAAGCGACGUUGCGAGGAAGCAGGCGGAGGAUCUCAUCGAGAAGAUCGGUGGCCGCCACGCCAGCGGCGACCUUGCAAGCAGGCUGAAGGUCAUGGAGAACGAGCUCCAGCAGCAAGCUCGGACCCACGCCAAGCUCAUCGACGAGAAGAACAGCCUCGAGGUGGCGCUGGCAGAAGCUGAGAGCACCGGAGCCGGACUUCGUGGCCGAGUGCGGCAGCUCGAGGAGGAGAUACUUCACCUCCGUCGCCGACAGCCAGCACAGCCAGCUUGGACGUCGUCUGAAGUGAAGAUGCCGGAGCAGAAGCGAUGUCCGGUGAAGUCGGAUUCUGAGACUUCCUUAUGCGAGAUAGAGUCCGAGGACACCUUUGCAGAGGCUGACCGGCAGGGGAAGAAAGAUCGACCGAGAUUGGAGGUUGCGCAGCCUCCGCCACCGGCGGUCUUUACAGUGGCCGGAACCGCCCAGACGGACACAGAGUUCUACUUCUGCAAGGGCGAUGACUUCCAAGCACCCGAAGAAAUUAGCUUCGAUCUACACAGCAACAUCUUGCAGACUGUGCAGAGGCUUUACAAGAUGCUCGGCAAGUACGAGUGGAAUGCAAAGACGGGAAGCUUCCUGUACAGGACGGAUGGGAGUAGCUCCGACGAGGGUAUGGAGGGCCAGCGCCGUCCCUCCAUGGGAAGAUUGUCCCUGUUGGGCAACAAUCGAAAUGCGGAUAUUCGCAGGCUGAAGGUGAAAGUGCAAGAAGCGCACCAGCAGGCCGCCGCGUCCCAGCUCAAGGAGCAGCUCGAGCGCCUUCGCCCCGCGGUGAAGGGAAGCUUCGAUGAAUGGCUGGCUAAGCUACUGAAGGAGUCCGGCUCCGACAAGCUUCAAGCUGGACGGCUGCCGGAUCCAGACAAGCUUUACGAUGCGGUCAUGGAAGUCACACAAGGCGAAGGCCUGCGACGGCGUGUAAAGGAACUGGAGGACAGCUUGAAUCGAUUGAUCCCGGUUGCGGAUCGCCUGCGACAGAACGAAGGAGACGGAAGCUUCUGGAAGAGGGUCAUGCGAUCCGUGAAGCACAGCAUGACGGCGAGACGAGGAUCCUCUGCCAUGAGAGCUGAAGCAGUUCAGCGCCUGAAUUCAGGCGCAAAGCUGAGCCAGAUCAACACACUGGCCAGGUUGCAUGGGGAACUGGCCCUGAUCUGGCAGAUGAUGCCGCCAAAGCCGCAGAAGCUGGCUGCUGGGACGUUGCUCCUUCGGCCCCUAGCACCACAGGUACUUCAGGAAGCCGUGAGGAACUACUACUUGAAGUCCUGCAACAGGCACAAGCAGGUGGAGCAAGCCGUCUUCAACCUCUGCCGAGCGGUGUUGCAGUUCGCGGCAAGCUACAAAGUGCUGCUCUUUGCAGUCAUGUGCGAUGUUCUCCAACCCACAGAACUGGGUGGCCGCCUUCCCAUUGUUGCUCCAGAGGCUCGAUCCUACCUCCCUAGCCUAGAAGUGUCGAGUUUGGCCAACCUUCCUUUCGAUGCCGUGCACACCAUGAAUGAGUUCAUGACAGCCUUGAAGAACAUGAGACGGUCAAGGACAUUUCAUGGAGCCGGAGAUGGUAGCUUCGAGCGCGUCUGCAAGGAUGGUGGAGGCGAUGCAGGCCCCGAAGUGGAACGAGAAGAUGUACUAUUGCCGCUCCCGCUGGUCUUAGCUGCGGGGGAGAUCGUGUGUGGCCGGAGCAAGUUGACGGCCGAGUACUUCAAUGUCAUGCUCAUGGGAUACUCCAGGCAGCCUCGACUGCUGCCACGUCUUCAGGAGGAAGCUGAGCCUUCACCUUCCGAGAGCCCGGUCGAGGGCUCUUCCGAACUCCGCUCCGCGUCGAGGAACUCCGAGUCCAGCCUCGCUUCCUCCGAAACAGGAGAGGAGUCCGAUUCGAAAGUUCCGACGAAGGCUUUGCUGGUCUCACACCUCCUGGCUGCAGACCGAAUGCGCCGACAUCCGGAGAUGUGGGAGGAGACGGACUACUUUGUCGACAGCCUUUGGGAAGCCGUCAUGAAACGAGUCAACCCGACGAAGGUCUCCCACUUCUCCGUGCUUUCCAAUCGUGUUGAAAUCGCCGAAGCGACGGUGGCAGCGCAGGUCACCAUCGAGCGCUUCCGCCUGCAGGUUCCGGAGGCUUUGGUCGCCUCAGCGCUAAAAGAGGUACAGCCAGGUGGUGCUCCUUUCGACUCCGAAAGGCGCAAGAAGGAGGGCUAUGUGACCAAGGAAGCUGUGGAGGUUAUCAUGCAUCUCUGGCGCCAGUGUGGUGGUGCUGCAAGCGUGUGUUGCACGGAGAGCCACGCUCUCUGGGCAGUUCUGUGGGCCUUGGCACUCGAGCGUGGAUAUGAAGUGCAGCUGAUGGGCCGAUUCUUCGACAUCUUCGACGAAUCCGGCGAUGGCUCACUCCAGUACGAUGAGUUCGUCAAUUUCAUGGCGCACAUAGCACCUGCAGUCCCCGAGGCAGAUUGUGCUUCCUUCUUCAUGGCCGUGGCAGAGGACACCUCAGCUGACAUGACGCAGGAGGUGUUCAUCAACUUGGUUCAGCGGGUCGGCGUCUCCUCUGACCUGGAUGGACUUAAGAGCUUGGUGGAGGCUCGAGCAAAGGCUUGA